GCCGUUGGCCUAGCUCCGCUGUGGGCCGGGCCUUGGGGCGGUUUGUAGUUCCCGCCGCCUCUUCAGCGACAGCGGAGCCUCGGACCUGGUCGCCUCCGUCCCCGGAGCGGGAAAAGGGCAGUCAGAGGCGGAGCGACAUCGGUGGGUUUUCCCCCGCCAGAAGGUGACGGAUAAGAAGAAGGGGCAUCUUUGCCAGGGCCUGGGAAAUGGACCCCCCCCCCCAUAAUCAAUUUAUUUUCAGCCCCCCCCCCUUUUAAGGCAGUUGGAGCUGAAACUCGCCCCGCCCCCCGCUGGCCUUUCAGGAUGUCUCCCGUGAGGCUAUAGGAAGCAAGCAACGGUCGUUCCCCGCGCCCCAAUUCCUUCCCUCGAGGUCUUCUCCAUGCCGGUUUGCUGCGUCUGUCCCCCAGGCCGACUUGGACAAGGUCAGCGUUUGAUUCCCCCACCCCCAGGUCCUAGUGCCCUGCAGCUAGCUGAAAAAGGAGGACUUCGCCAUUGGUCAAACCGGAGGCGCCAAAGGCAGGCAGGAGUGUUCAGUGUUCUUUGCUGUUGCUGGGAUGGAGAUUCUGCUUUCUCAGGUGGAGCAGGUGCCCGACCUUUUAGUCGAGUCCCGCUCAGGUCUGGUGCAAGGCUGGGAUGUGGAGACCCUGCAGCUGGCUUUGGACUGGAGCCACUUUUUCCAGCAGCUCAGCACCCGCCUCCACUUCCAGCCGGGUCUCAGGACCGCUGUUGAGAGACGCCUGUGCCGGGGCCAUCGAUUCAGCCUGGGCCAUAUGCGGCGCUGCCCAGAGCUGCUGGGCUUGGCCCUGCUGGAGAACCGGGCGCUGCCCUCCGCCACCUAUCAGCGCCUUUUGCGCAGCCUCUUGCUCCCGGGAGGCCAGGACAAAAACUCUUUCGUCCUUCUGGCCAGGCGCAGGGCUGCCUUUCAGCUUCUCGGCCUGCAUUUGGUGCCACCUCCUGAGGCCUGCGCUGAGCACCAGGUGCCUCCACAGCUCAAGGCCCAGGCUCAGCUGCUGUUGUCGCGGCUGCAAGAGGAAGAAGCAAUAGGUGGUAUCUCUUUCUCUUCUGCACUCCUGGACCAGCUGCCCCAGGGGCUCAUGCUCUACAGGGUGGUGGCGGCAGCCUUGCUGGAGCCCCCCAGAGAAGCUGAGACAACAGCCCCACUGCUCCAUUGGCUGCUGAUGGGGGACCCAGGCAGCCUCUCUGCUUUUUGCCGCCUCCUGCCUUCCCCGUGGGUGGCUUCAUUGUGCAGCCGCUACCCUGAGCUACGCCCCCAUUACUUCAACCUCUUAGCCUCCUGGGGAAACUGCUUAAAUUACGACUGGCUACAAGGUGUAUGGAAAGUCAGUGACUUGGGAGAGGACCAAGUGCCCUGGCAGGAGAUGCGGGAACGAGUCUUCUGCCUUCUCCAAGAACCAGAGCCUCUUCGCAGCGCAAUAGAGACCAAACUGAAUCAACUGAAAGCCCAAGAUGGGGACUUCGAAGUUCGAGGCUUGAGCGUGUGGACAGACCUAAUGGUGGACGUGAAGGCGACAGACUCAGAUAACAAACGGGCUGUUUAGAGUUUUGCUGCAAGAGUCUGAUUUUUAAAAAACAUUGAAAUGUCUAGAGAUGAAAACAUCUUUCUCCAAUUCAGAGAGUUUGCAGUCUUAAAAUCAAAUGGCACAACUUCAGUAACAGUGUGUACUUCUUUGAUAAUCUGAGAAACUUCUGUGAAAGUUGGGUCAGGCCAUGUUGUUGAUCCAAUUUUUCUCUAGCCUGUAGUGGUCUGCUAUGAGGGUCUGAUAAAAAAAGUCAAAACGCCUGGAGAUGAAAACAUCUUUUUCAAGUUCAGGGAAUUUGUGGUCUUAAAAUCAAAUGGAACAACUUCCGUAUUCAGUAACGGCAAGUACUUCUUUAAUAAUCUGAGGGACUUUGGUGAAAAUUGGGCUAGGCCACAUUGUUAGUCCUAUUUUUAACUAGCCAGUACCUCAAGUAGCUAAGCUGCAUCAUUCCUUAGCUUGCCUAACACCUGGAGUGUCUUCUUCUCACACCUCGGCUCUCAUGCAUGCUGACUUCUCCACCUUGCAGCCAUGAGGGCAAGACACAGGUCCUGUGUCCCACUGUAUCCUAGUUAGUUAGAAUAGAUUAAGGAACUAUAUAUGCUCCACCCCAUUUAGAAAUUGAUUUCCUACAAUAAAUGUAGUCUAUUAGUUUGAAUAGGCAAAUGAUUCCGAGUUAUUUCAGCUCCUGGCACAUACAGGAGCUAAGUUCUGUGGAACAUUUCCCCUGGUGGAAAGGGAAAGCACCUUCUUGCCAGUCGCCUUUCCCUCUGUGGAUCCCCAAAUCCCCCCUCAUUCUGUUCUGCCCCUUAGGAAGAACAUUUCAGUAAUCAUUUUGGGCUGCAGCUGGAGGAAAUGAGCAAAUCCUCUUCUGCUGAUGCAAGUCCCAGGGAAGCCGGCCAGGUGGUUCCGAAGACAGGGACUCCUUGGGCUACAUCAGGGUCUCAGUUGUGGGAAAAAGCGGGGUAUCAGUAUCUAACAGAAGCACCAACAUGAUGUAGUGGUUAAGGUGACACACUAGGCUCUGGGAAACCCAGAUUCGAAUUCUCACUUUGCCAUAGAAACUUGCUGGGUGACCUUGGGUCAGUGGCGCUAUCUCAGAUCUGACGCUGGCUAGUAUUUGAAUGAGAGAACACCAAGGAAGUCCAGGGCAAUGGCAGACCACCUCCCUAUGCCCUGUGCCUUGAAAACCUUCCUUGACGGCAAAAAGAAAAGAAACUAAAAAAGGUAUCUAAUGAUAACAGUCAGUGAAAUGUGUUAUACAAGAGCAUGUGCCAGACAGUGGGGAUUGGCAGCUGCUCCCAGCCAAGUUUGUACUCAGUAGGAAAUGUACACAGGCAUUGUGUGUGGUGUCUUAUCCAAAAAGCAAAGGAAUGUGCAAUCCAUGGUCAGAAGCGAACUGAUGACACUCAAUACACAAAAACACACGUCUGGUGUCCCUUUGGGAGUUGGGAGAUGCGCACAGAGGCAGCUUCAUGGGUUCACGUGUUCAGCAGGGCAAAGUUGUGACGAGCAGAGGACUGUAAACUGGAGAACCAGGUUUGAUUCUCCUCUGCUACACACAAGCGGCAGACUCUUAACUGGUGAACUAAGCUUGUUUCCUCACUCCUACACAUGAAGCCUGCUGGGUGACCUUGGGCCAAUCACAGUUCUCUCAGGCAUUGCUUGCGGGGAGAGGAAGGGUCUAGGAUCUUGCACUUCCUUUUCGCUGGGAACGACUCUGCUGUUUCAUUUAUUAAAAAUAAGAUAGAGAAGGAAAUUUAAGUGGUUAAAUAAAAUGUACUGUGUGAGGUCAAACCCCGCUUAGUUUGUCUUUACGCUCUGUAGGUUCGGAGGGGACGCCGGGAACAAUGGUGAUGAUUAUGGGGACUUUCUCUGCACUCUUAUAAUUGGUGGGACGGCUGGUGAGUUUCUCCGCCGUUUCCUAAAAAGGCAUGGUGAUUUGAAUUAUUUCCAAUAUCAGGUAUUACAAUCUCUGGCUGUUUUCCAGUCCUGUUAACAAGUCAAUCAAAGCAGAGAUCAUUCAAAGUCCAAAAUCAAAAAUCCUGAUAGAAUCCACAGGGCAACCUUGUUUAACCCCAAAUUAAAACGAACAGGAACAAAGGAUGCAUACCUCAUUAGAACAUGCAGAAAUUAGUGGAACCAUUAAUUGAUUAAUAAUAAUAAUAAUAUACACCUACCCCGCUUAGUUUGUCUUUACGCUCUGUAGGUUCAGAGGGGACGCCGGGAACAAUGGUGAUGAUUAUGGGGACUUUCUCUGCACUCUUAUAAUUGGUGGGACGGCUGGUGAGUUUCUCCGCCGUUUCCUAAAAAGGCAUGGUGAUUUUGAAUUAUUUCCAAUAUCAGGUAUUACAAUCUCUGGCUGUUUUCCAGUCCUGUCAACAAGUCAAUCAAAGCAGAGAUCAUUCAAAGUCCAAAGUCAAAAAUCCUGAUAGAAUCCACAGGGCAACCUUGUUUAACCCCAAAUUAAAACGUACAGGAACAAAGGAUGCAUACCUCAUUAGAACAUGCAGAAAUUAGUGGAACCAUUAAUUAAUUAAUAAUAAUAAUAAUAUACACCUACCCCGCUUAGUUUGUCUUUACGCUCUGUAGGUUCAGAGGGGAUGCUGGGAACAAUGGUGAUGAUUAUGGGGACUUUCUCUGCACUCUUAUAAUUGGUGGGACGGCUGGUGAGUUUCUCCGCCGUUUCCUAAAAAGGUAUGGUGAUUUUGAAUUAUUUCCAAUAUCAGGUAUUACAAUCUCUGGCUGUUUUCCAAUCCUGUCAACAAGUCAAUCAAAGCAGAGAUCAUUCAAAGUCCAAAGUCAAAAAAUUUGAUUCUAAGGAUUACACGAAGGGAUAUGUAUACUCUUAGUUAUCUAAAGACUUUAAAGUCACAUCUUGGAAAAAGAAGCAAAAUUUCUUUUACAAGUGACAGAAUUUUCUAAGUAACAUCCAAUGCUAGAUACAGUUUAUCUUUCUGUGUUUUGAAUGUACUUUUGAUUUGUACUUCAGAAAUGUCUGUAAUGCUUUGGAGCCUAUUUUAAUAUGCCUAAUAAAGGUAGUUGUCUUGAUAUAUUGAUUGCACAUUUUUACUUUUACAGAAGAAGAGCCUGCAUUUGAAAUAUCUGUUUAUUUCAGGCUAUUGAUAUAAUAUAGUAAGUUUUCAUGGAAGAGCAUUUAUAAAUUUAUAGUUGUAACACGAUAUAAUCAUAUUUAUAUAUUUUUGGUUUUAUACUUAUUUUUGCAGAUUGGCUU